AUGGAAGAUAAAUGUAGAAUAGAAAAUCAAAAAUCUUUUGAAAAAGCAUUGGCAAGAGCAGAGCCAAUGGGAAAGCUCAGUAAAUUUCUCUUUACUCACGAGAAGGAACUUUUGGAAUCGGGAAAGCUAUUUAAUAUUACGCAUAGGGGAUCGACUUCUGCUUGGUUGGAAGCACCUAGCUCUGUGGCACCCGACGGCUGUACCAAUGUAUACAGACCGAUGGGUGAUUUAGAGGUACGUUACUUGGUGGAACACAAACUACUGCCUGACACUCAGCCGUAUCAAGCGAUCAUCGAAGGCGAGGUAGGUCGAGCCUACGCCAACAAGUAUCUAUCCGGUAAGAAAUGGACGGACACUGAACCAUCGACAGUAGUGGAAUUCACAUGUCCAAAAGAUCUAAUAGAACAACUAAAGAAAAUACAAAUGAAAGUUGAAGACGGUGCACUCUCAAUGGGACUGGGUAACAAAGCUGGUGGAGGACUACCACUUUUCAACAAGUGUCUGGCUGAUGGGACUUCAACCUUUAGAAUAGUAAAAGUAAAAAGAGUUAUGCCUUCAUAA